AUGACGAGUGGGAAGCAGGAGGAGGAGGAUUCCGACAUGGUGUCCCGCCGCAAGAUUCUGUCUCGGUCCCGGGACGACCUCAAUCUCGACUACGCCUACCUGGAAGACGAAGAGGAUGUCUGGUAUCAGAAGGAGAAACUCUUUCGGGGUCACUUUCUCCAUGGAACCGUCUGUAUGGGCCGUGUGCCCCAUGUAUCGGUGGCAAGGUCGGAGAAAUUCCCGUCGAGGUCAGUCCGGAAACGGAACUAA